CGUCCAUCAACACCGCGCAUCCGGCUACCAAACACCUCACGCACAACCACAUCACCUCCAAAACAAUGCCUCGCCAAUCCCGCGGCCCAGCAAGGGCCCCCUCCCGUCCCACCGCCGCGCCAGCCCGCCCCGCUCCUCCGCCACAGCAGCAACAAACCCGUCCGGCCUCGAGCGCCGCCUACCCGCCCGCAACGCAACAGCCGGGCGCGCGUCCAGGCCAACAGCAAAGCCAGGGCUCCGGAUUGUUUGGACAAAUGGCCAGCACCGCCGCUGGUGUAGCAGUCGGCUCCUCCAUCGGCCACGCACUAGGCGGCUUCUUCGGCGGGGGUAGCAGCGCCGCCGCUCCGGAGCAGCAGCAGGAGCAGGCCCUCUCGCAGCAGCAAGAUCCGUACAACACUUCGUACCAGCAGCAGAGCCAGGGUGCGGCGUGCGGCGCGCAGGUGGCGAACUUCCGGCAGUGCAUGGAUCAGAAUGGCGGGAACUUGACGAUCUGCGGGUGGUAUUUGGAUCAGCUGAAGGCGUGCCAGCAGGCUUCUAGCCAGUAUUGAGUAGGGGAGGAUGUGUAGAAAGAGAAGCUUGUGAAUAGGAGGACGGAUGUAGAAGUAUAGAGCGACUCUCUGCUCCGAGAUUCUUAGACCUACACAGCGGUGGUUCGCUUCCUCUCUAAUUCUAUGUGCGUGUGCCAGGCUGGCGAUUGAAUGGAGUUCUGAUGAAACCCACCUGUCCACACCGAAGAUAUGAAAGUCCAUACACUCUCGCAAGACAGAGAACGCUGAUAUCGGGUAUCGCUACGCCGCUAAAAGACAUGCCAUCCAAUCAAAGCAAAGCAAAGCAAAGCAAAGCAAAGCAAAGC